GGUCCUCCUCGAACUUCAUCACUUUUGGCACCAAUUAUGCUGCUAACUGGUCAUGAGGGAGAAAUAUAUACAGCUAAAUUUCAUCCUGAUGGGGAAGUGCUGGCUUCUGCUUCCUUUGAAAGAAAAAUUUUUUUGUGGAAUAUUUAUGGCGAGUGUGAAAAUUAUGCUAUCCUGGAAGGUCAUAAAGGAGCCGUUUUAGACUUGCACUUUUCUACAGAUGGCAGCCAACUGUUUUCAGCUUCAACAGAUAAAACUGCAGCAAUAUGGGACUUUGAAUCUGGGCAAAGAACUAAAAAGUUUAAAGGCCAUACAGGUAUUGUAAAUAGUUGCCACCCAUCUCGCCGUGGGACCCAAAUGCUUGUUACAGGAUCUGAUGAUUGUACUGCGAAAUUGUGGGAUGUUAGAAGAAGAGAACCAGUACAUUCAUUCCAGAGCAAUUAUCAAGUCACAGCCGUAAGUUUUAACGACACAGGUGAUCAAAUUAUAUCUGGUGGUUUGGAUAACGUGAUUAGGGUGUGGGAUUUGCGUAAGAACAAUAUCAUGUAUUCUAUGUCUGGACAUCUUGAUACUAUUACUAGUUUAAGUGUAAGCCCUGAUGGAUGUUAUGUUAUGUCUAAUGCUAUGGAUAAUUCAGUUCGUAUUUGGGACAUAAGACCUUACGUACCGGGUGAUCGAUGUCUUAAAAUUUUCACUGGAGCUCAACACAAUUUUGAAAAGAAUCUUUUGAAAUGUAGCUGGUCACCGGAUGGCAAAAAAAUUGCAGCUGGUUCAGCGGAUAGAUUUGUAUAUGUAUGGGAUACUGCGACACGACGUAUAUUAUACAAACUACCAGGACAUGAUGGAUCAGUAAAUGACGUCCAGUUUCAUCCUAUCGAACCUAUAGUGAUGUCUUGCGGUAGUGAUAAGAAAAUCUACCUUGGAGAGCUUGAAUUGUAAA